CUCCACCAAAGUCGUCAUGUCGGCCACUGAAGUCGCCAGGCAUCUUCGAGAAAGAACACGCGCCACGCGCCACUACACUAGUACUGUCAUCAUGUCACGCCGGAAUAUGGGUGCCUACUUCCAAGUGCCCUAGACAGCUAUAGUCGACCCAUCACCAUGUCUGUAGAUAUCUGGCCACGUAUUGCGCCAGAUGCGCUUAAAACUGCGGUCGAGACGACCGAGAAGCGCGAACUCGACUGGCUUGUCGAGGAGCUGCGCGAAAUUCUUACCAACCUCAAGCAUGGCCUUGAAGACUGCUAUGCCCUCCUUGCGCCGAUAGACCCGGGGAGCACGCUUGUGCUCAGCACACCAAGAAAUGAGAUUGUCAAGGGGCAUAUAACUCGGGUUGGAACGCGAAUAGUCAAGGGGACAAUCCAUCUCCGCAUGCGUACCCUCCCUUACCAAACGCUCACCAUCAACCCGGAACAUCCUAUACACCUCACCCCCCUGACAAAUCUGCACUCCAUCCUCACACAUUCAAUCGACCUCCUCAAGCUCACUCUCUCCUACUCCUAUCCCACCGCGACGGCGACGACUCCGCUCCCGUCCGACCUACCACCACCACCGAACUUCCUCUCCGCCCAGCUCCGUCUCCUGUCCCAAUCCCUCUCGGAAGCGCUCGCCCUUCUCAAGGGACCCCCACUCACAACCGCCGACACCACCUGGACGACCCGGUCCGUGGCCCCAUCCCACUUCUCCCCGCCGCUCCCGCCGAUCGUCGGCGGGACCGCGUCCGGCUUCUCUUCCGGCUCCAGCCCGUCCCUCAGCUUUUACCUAACCGUCCAGGACAGCUUGCUCGUCCUCUGGCUCCGCGCGAUCGAGCCGGCCGACGCGCCCGUCAACUUCGGCACCAAGCUCGCCCUGGCGAUCGGCACCGCACGCCGGCUCGAGCAUGACGAGAUUGACAAAGUAUUUGGAUACUGCUGUGGCGGGGAAGACCAUGCGCCGCCCGCUGCGGGGGGUCCUGGUCCGGGCGGCGGCGGCGGUACAGGACCCGCGGGGAGCCCCGGUGCCCAACCGAUCCCCCUGUCAGGCACGCGUGAGAAGAAACCGGUGGACGUGUUCGUGCGCGAGAAGGUGCGCGUGGAGAGCGCGGAUCCGAGUCUGCUGUCGCUCUCGGCCAAGCUGAGCGCGCUCAGUCAUACGCUGGCCCUAGCGAGGCGGAACUUCGCUGCUGUGCUGGGCGAGGAGUUGGAGGGGGAGGAUUAGAAGCCCAGGGUUUGCGGACAGUCCAUAUCGGUAGAGUCACUGUGGCAAUGGAAGGGAAAUGGGCAGCUUGGAAUUGAUGGCGCGGGGGACCGCCGCAGCAAGGGUUAUUUGCAUAGGCUGGAGUUGGAGUUGGGGAUGGUUAAUGGGUCUUACACUUGGGUAUUGUUAUGUUGUGUAGGCGAAACGCGGCGUGGUGACAAGACACCAGCAUCGGCACUUAGCAGAGGCUUUUGUAAUUUGAGACUGUAAAUUGCAUUGUUGCACCAUAUUCCCCGAU